AUGGAGAAUGUGAUAAGCAAUCUUCUGUUUGACACGGACUACAACCUUGUUGGUAUUGUAGAUUGGGAAUGGAGCCGAGUGGUUCCGGUGCAGUUUAUGGUACCCCCGAUCUGGCUCAAUGCAUCACAGCUGGAUUUUGUACUGCUCAUUCAGGAGAACUACAACAAGCAGGUCGGCUACCUGCGUGCCGCCAUUCAGGAAGUCGAGAAAACAUUGGGCCUGUUACCGCAGUUGUCGACUGAAUGGGCACCGCUGGAGAAGUGGUGUCAUACCGCCAUCGUUCUUGGGCUCAAUUACCCCGAGCAUGCCUAUCUCGUGUACUGGGACCUGAUUUUUAGGAAACUGGUGCCCAGGGUUCGCGGUCUUACCCAGGAGCAGCGCGAUCAGCAACACGAGAAAGAAGUUGUCCUGCGCAUCAAGGGAUUCAUGGAGGGUUCUGAGGAGCGCCGGUCCUUCUUAGAAAGGAAGAUUCAGCAACAGUUGGAGUAUUUCGAGGCCGAGAAGGAGCACUACGGCCACAAGACGAGGCGGCGGAUUAUCAAGCCUGUCUGCUAG